UGGCCGGGGAGGAAAGCUUCCCUGACAAAGCCUCUUCCUCUUCCUCUUCCUCCUCUCCCCGCCAGGCAAGGCCAUGGUCUGCUUCGGGAACAUGUUCAUCGAGCUCCCAAAGGCACAGACCAAGGAGAUGCUGCAGAAGGACCAGGAACACCUGGAUGAGGAGAUAAACAACCUCCGGAAAGAGCUGCGUGUGAAGGUCAACCGCCUCUUCGAAGCUCAAGGUAAAGCUGAGCUGAAGGGAUUUAACCUCAACCCCAUGACCGCUGAGGAAAUGAAGUUAAUCAAUCGCAUCCUGGAGGGCUGAGGUGGCCGUGCCAUCGUCACGGCGCGUGUUCGGGCUGUCACCCGUG